GAUGGUAAAUAAGUUCACUAUGGAAACAAGUUACACACGAUAUCGAUAUCGCGAACUUGUCGGCAUUAAAUCUGGUCAUAAAAACGGGAAUGGCCACUUUUUAUUUUAUAUUUUCUUCGACUAAAUAGAGAAAUACAAGAUCAGAAUGUCUCACGGAUAUUACCAGCAUCAGUGGACUAAUGCUCAGGAGAGCCUUACAGAGCUCCUGGGCACAGAGCUCCCACCUGAGCCGACUAAACCGGAGAAGGAUCGCCUGACGGCCUUCCAGAACAUUGCCACCUUGUACAUCAAGUACUUGCAGAUUUUCCAACGGUUGGAGCAGUGCUACGAUCAGAUUGUGCACCCCCAGAAGCGCCGGGUGUUGCGGCAUGUCUUGGAUGGGGUCAUGGGUCGCCUGCUGGAGCUCAAGAACGAGAUGGUCCUGCUGGAGUUCUCCGAGUUCCAUUACUUUGACGACAUCCUGUCUGAUCUCAAACUUACACCGAAUGACAUUGAGAUACCCGUACCUAAAUACUUCCUGAACGAGCGCUCCAAGAUCCUGCAGGAACGGGAGAAACUACUGGGCCAAAUCCUGGCCAAGAUGGGGCCUCCCGAGGAGAAGAAAGAAGAGGUUACCAUGACAACCGAUGAGGCAUCUAGACUCAUCCAGGUGCAUGAGAGGGCUCGUCAGGGUCGUCUGAGGGCCAAGUUUAUGCGAGAGAUCCGCCUGCAAGAGGAGCGGGAGAGAAUGGCAGCCAAUCGGGCCCCGACGGUGGACGCUGACGCAGCGGCCGUCAGGAUACAGAAGAUUUGGAAAGGUUUUGCCGUACGCAAACGAGUGCGCCGGGAACGAGAGGAAGAAAUGAUGUUCAUAGGAAUGAACCCACCGCCGCCUCCGAGCAACCCCAAGUUAGCCCCAACUUCCUUAGCCGAACGCACCGAGUCAAACCGGCGGGUGACACAGACGGAGCACGAGCGAGAAUUCCAACAUGCACUGGUCACCAUCAAGGAUAAACUGAGAGAAGUCGAGGGACCAGACAUGAAGGAGAACAUGCAGGACCAAAUCCGACAGUGGUUUCUAGAGUGCAGAGAUGCCACGGGUAAAUUCCCGGAUUAUCCCGCUGAGGAUGAAGGAGGAUCAGCGGCCAUCUUCAAAGAGAAGGAUCCAGCUGAGGUUGAAGCAGAGUUGCGGGAAAAAGAAGACGACAAGGGCAAAGGGAAGAAGGGAAAGAAAGAUAAGAAGGAGAAAAAGAAGGACAAGAAGAAGGAUAAGAAGGGCAAGAAAGGAAAGAAGGGCAAAGGAGGCGAUGAUGAGGAAGAAGAGGAAGGCUUCAAGCUUCAGCCGUCAAACUUCCUUGGAACGGUUUCUGACUCGACCAAAUCAUAUGAAACUGUCUGGAAGGAACGGAACGAGGAGCAUAAUUUCAGCCAGAAACACGACUCGGAGCUGAUUAAAGAGGAAAAGAGAGUUGAAGUUGAGGUAGAGAUCAGAACCCAGGUGGAUGAGCUGAUGAGACAGGAGCUCAAGAACCUCAAGCUGGCUGUCGACCGUGACAAGGGCAAAGGAAAGAAGGGCAAGAAGGGGAAAAAGAGCGGCAAGAAAAGUGGCAAGAAGAAGAAGAAGAAGAAGAGCGGCAAGAAGAGUGGCAAAAAGGGCAAAAAGGGGAAGAAGGAGAAGGAUCUGACACCAGACAGGACUAUCGAGUCUCUAUAUGAAGAGCUAGUGCAAGAGGGCAUCAUUGUACGCACUCCCAAGUUUGGUUUGAAGGACUAUCUGGGUGAAUACAGCUACCUGGGCACGACACUGCGACAGAAUAACAUAGAGCCCAUGCCAUCACUGUCUGAUGUCAGACAACUGGUGGCGCUCUACGGUGUUCUUCCACUCGGCUCACAGUCGGUCCACGAGAAGGCCCCACCGGUCAAAUCCAUGUUGUUGGCUGGUCCCCGUGGUACCGGUAAACGCAGCCUGGUCAACGCCAUCUGCACGGAGACCGGGGCAAACCUGUUUGACUUAACGGCCACCAACAUUGCGGGCAAGUACCCAGGCAAGAGUGGCUUGCAGAUGCUGAUCCACCUGGUCUUGAAGGUGGGCCGCAACUUGCAGCCAUCGGUGGUGUAUAUGGGCGACGCGGAGAGGACUUGGCUCAAGAAAGUUCCCAAGACAGAUAAGUCGGACCCCAAGCGACUCAAGAAGGAGAUCCCCAAGCUCUUGAAGCUGCUGAAGCCCGAGGAUCGCAUCCUGUUAGUCGGCACCUCCCGGGCGCCUUACGAGUGCGAGAUGAAGGGAUUAACAGGGGCAUUCCAGAAGAUUAUCCUAAUCCCGAGGCCUGACUACGCCUCUAGACACUUGCUGUGGCGCAAUCUGAUCCUGAACAACAGUGGCAUCUUGACCAACACGCUGGACGUCAGCUCCCUGGCCAAAGUGACCGACGGCUACACGCAGAAGCACAUCCUGACGUCCUGCCAGCAGGUCUUGACCGACCGUCGCGUGGCGCAGCUCAACAAGAGAGCGCUGGUUGCUGCCGAGUUCAUCCCUCCGCUGGCCCGGAUCGAUCCCAUCUACAAAGAGGAAGAAGAGGCCUUCAAGACUUGGUAUGGUAAGACGCCGCUGGGCAAGAAGCGGGCCAAAGCAGCCGAGGGUGGGGACGAGGAUGACGGCAAGGGCAAGAAGGGCAAAGGAAAGAAGGGCAAGAAGGGAAAGAAGGGCAAGAAAAAGAAGUGAGGGUCGUCAAAUCAGAAUUCCUUAAAGACAUGUUUACAGGGUGGGUGGGGGGGG